UGUAACGCUCUGCAAAGUGCGGAACCAAGCACUCACUCUCUCUCUCUCUCUGUCUCUCCUCUUCUCGGAAGUCGGAGACAACCACUCGCCGACAGAGCUCCGAUUUGCUAACUCAGCCGCCACCUAGAACGGCGAUUUUCAGCCGUCCGAUCAGUUCUUGUGACUCGCAAUCAUCGGUCCGCCGCCGCCCGAUCUCACUCUAUGCAUUUUUGUUUAUUUGAUUUCUGCGAUCUUCUGCUGCAGUUUAAUCUUCAUUAACUGCGUCUUUGGAGCUUUCUUCUUGGAUCAUUUGCAGAUCUAUCACUCUUUAAAGUGAUUUCUGGAGUUUCUCUUUGGUUCUUUCGGAUACAUUUUGUUGUUCCGCCUUCAAGCACCUCAUUUUCUAGGAAAAUUUUCAACCGGAUUCGUUACUUUCACAUAUUUUUGAAGUUUUAUCUCAGUUGAGCCUUGGAAUUUCUUGAUUCUGAAAAUGCUCCGACUUGUUUUCUCGAUUUUAGUUUGCUUCGCGGCCAUUUCGAUUUUAGCGAGCCGCGAGGCUUUUGCGGAUGUUGUGACUUGCUCUGGAUUGGUGCCGAUGAGGUAUCGGAAUGAUAAGAUAUCGAUUACAGACUUUGGCGCCGUCGGCGACGGACGGACGCUGAACACGAAAGCGUUUAUGGAGGCGAUUUAUCGGAUUGAGCAUCUGAGGCGGCGGGGAGGCACGCUUCUGUACAUACCUCCUGGGGUGUAUUUAACGGGGAGCUUCAACCUUACAAGCCACAUGACGCUUUACUUGGCCAGAGGUGCCGUGAUCAAAGCUACUCAGGAUGCAAAACAUUGGCCUUUGAUUGCGCCCUUGCCUUCAUAUGGAAGAGGGAGGGAACGUCCUGGAGGAAGAUAUAUGAGCCUUAUCCAUGGAGAUGGGCUUCGUGAUGUGGUCAUCACUGGUGAAAAUGGAACGAUUGAUGGCCAGGGAGCUUUCUGGUGGAACAUGUGGAGGCAGAGAACCCUCCAAUUUACUAGACCAAAUCUUAUUGAACUUAUAAACUCCAGGAGCAUUAUCAUUUCUAAUGUCAUUUUCAAGAACUCCCCCUUUUGGAACAUUCACCCUGUCUAUUGCAGCAAUGUUGUUAUUCGAUAUGUGACCAUACUGGCUCCACCUGACUCUCCUAACACCGAUGGAAUUGAUCCAGAUUCAAGCCACCAUGUUUGCAUUGAGGACUCGUACAUUUCCACGGGCGACGACCUUGUGGCAGUUAAGAGCGGGUGGGACGAGUAUGGAAUUGCUUAUGGCAUCCCCAGCCACGACAUCACCAUCCGGCGGAUAACAGGUUCAUCCCCGUUUUCCGGCAUAGCAGUUGGAAGCGAAACUUCCGGUGGAAUACUGGAUGUAUUGGCUGAGCACAUUACCCUCUACAACAUGGGAGUCGGCAUCCAUGUGAAGACCAACAUCGGCAGAGGAGGGAUCAUUAGAAACAUUACAGUGUCAAACGUGUACAUGGAAAACGUCCGAAAGGGUAUCAAGAUCGCCGGCGAUGUCGGGGACCACCCUGACGACAAGUUCAACCCGAACGCUCUGCCGGUGGUGAAGGACAUCACAAUUAAAGACGUCUGGGGCGAGAACGUCCAGCAGCCAGGCUCAAUUCACGGCAUAAAGAAUUCCCCUUUCACAGGUAUUUGUCUCUCUAACAUCAACCUAGGAACACCACCAAUAAAAACCCCGUGGCAAUGCUCUGAUGUUGUUGGCAGCGCCGUCAAGGUCAGCCCUUGGCCAUGCUCAGAACUUGCCGCCACUCAUCAAACAUGUUCAAUUCCCUUCUGAAAUUGUUGUAGAAUAUAUGGUAGUUGUUCUAAUGAGUGUUACCUAUCUAUUGUACUUAAUAGUGCAUUUUGCAGUAAAAAAACUCACGCCUUUUCUUUAUUUAAACGUACGCAUAUGCUUCUACAUCUCGAGAUAGAUGCAAAUCUAUAUACAGAAGGGGCGAAACAGCUAAACCACGACAUUCAUACAUAGCUACUGGGAAUUGGGAAAAACAUAUGUAUAUGUAUACCAUAAGGUGUAUAUGGACUCUCAGAAAUCAAACUGGUUCAGGAACUUGCGAAAGUGCUUCAAGAAGCCGCCUUCCUUUCUACCUCUGUAUUCCUCCUCCUCCUCCUCCUCUACCUCUCUGUCCUCGCUUUCCUUCUCAUGGCGAUGUUCCUCGUGCUUGAGGCGGAAUGGUUCCCUUAAGCUGUGCUUGACAAACACGUC